CCUUCUUCAAUGCUAUACCUACCAACCUUAACCAUCUAAAUCUAAGGUGUAGUGAAGUUAAACAGUUCUAAGUGUUUUGUUUUACAAAGCUAUCCUAUCCUCAAAAACACACUUUGUUGUUGUAACAUUAAGAACUUGUUAUCAAUGGCUGUUUCAUCUUAUCAAUCUAUCAUGUCUAGCUCCAUUACCAGCACCAUUUCUAGCAGGCCUAGAGUUAACCAAUUUAACAACAUCCCUUCUGUGUAUAUGCCUAGCUUCAGAAGAAAUGCUAGCCUCAAAGUUCGGUCCAUGGCUGAGGAAGGGCAGAAAGAGCAACCAAAGGUGCCUGUAGACCCAAUUACACCAACAUCAGCACCAACUCCACCACCACAACCACAACCAACUUAUACUCGUUCACCAAAGAUGAGCACAAAGUUUUCGGAUUUGAUGGCUUUUGGUGGGCCAGCACCUGAAAGAAUCAAUGGAAGGUUGGCUAUGAUUGGUUUUGUAGCAGCAAUGGGGGUGGAAAUAGCAAAAGGACAGGGUUUGUUUGAUCAAAUAUCUGGUGGUGGAAUUCCAUGGUUCUUGGGGACAAGUGUGUUGUUGUCACUUGCUUCUUUGAUUCCAUUUUUCCAAGGUGUUAGUGUUGAGUCCAAGUCAAAAGGUGUUAUGUCUUCAGAUGCAGAACUAUGGAAUGGAAGAAUUGCUAUGUUGGGUUUGAUUGCUUUGGCUUUUACAGAGUAUGUUAAGGGUACCUCCCUUGUGUAAUAGAUUUCUAUAGGAAGACGAUUAAGGUUUAGGGUUUAUGAUUAGGAGCCAAUACAUGAAACUUUAUGUAUAUUCGUAUGGAAUUUCAUAAAGCAUAUUUUUUUAUCAUUGAUUUGAAGCAAAUUUCUUGAUGUUGAUUAAAGCCUAAAAGCUUGUAAUUGUCACAAAA